GAAUCAAGCAACAAAAAAGUCCCUAAAAUGGACUUGACAUCGUGAUUGGUAGAGUAUACUUUCAUAACGUCCUGUUUUAAAGUAUAUAGCCUCAUUAUCAUGAUCUUUACCCAUAUAGUGCAGUGAUAGCUAUCACAGUAGCAACAAUGUUUGGAUUUUGUUUAUUGUCAGCAGUUGUUUUUGUUAUUGUUUUGUGCUACUCACGAGCGAUUGAAGACGAGCCAACGUUUUCUAAAUUUCAGUAUGACAAACAAAUGUUAGAGACAAUGGUUAGAAUGGAAGCAAAAAUGAAACAGUGGGAUAAAGAAAGAAAGACCUUCGAGGAAAAUGUGUUGGCUGUGUUGGAACAGCGUAGAGAGGAAAUGCAAGAGAAAUAUUUGAAACAAGAUGAAAAGGUGGAAAAUAUGUUUGAAGACUACAAAGACUUUCGUGGUGACCUAAAUAACAGGACAUUGUAGAUGGACAGUAUAGCUGGCUCUUUCAUUAGCACACCAAAGAUUGCAUUCAACGCAUACACAAUGUCUGGCGGAAGCUAUGGUCACAAUCAACCCCUCAUGUUUCCGUACGUUUUACUAAAUUUGGGCGAAGGAUAUGACAAAACGACUGGAAUAUUUACAGCACCUGUCACCGGUCUUUACUUCUUCAGUGCCCACAUCUGUAAUGCAAAUGCAGAAUUCAUGGUCAUCUCUAUUUUCCAUGAAGGAAAUGAAGUCGCCAAAACUACACAGUACGAAAGCAGUAGAGACAGUUGCAGCUCAGUUAAUGUUCCGGUUAUGGUAAAUAUGGGUGGGAAAGUGUCUAUCAAGUCCUAUGGUGCCAGCAAUCUGCAAGCAGAUACUAAAUACAGAUGGCCAUCCUUUGCUGGUGUACUACUUCAUAUCUAAAACAAUUUAUCUUUACUUCUAUAUAUUUGCAUUUAUCUCCCAAUCUGACAUUCCUUUGAAACUAUAAUGUUAAUGUAUCAAUAUUCAAAAUCUUAAGAAAAAUAUUAAAAUAAAUGCUAAACAAAUCAAUAGUUUUUAACACACUUCAUUUCUUUAUAAGCAUAUAAUACUAUCUCAUUAAGACAAAAGUGGAUUAUUUUAAAUGUUGUAUUUUUGUUAAGAUUUUUGUAAUGUUUCUAUGAAGAAACUCUUCACUGUAUCUAAGUAUGUAAUCAAAAUAAAUGCUAUGGCGUU